AUGGAAUCCAACGGAACCUAUAGUAAUAGCACUUACGAGGACACGUUUAAUGGGACACAUUCAAAUGGGACUUUUUUCACAGAUGAAGAAACUGCAAAUGAAGUACCAUUGCCAAGUGUUUCAUUCUAUACACCAAUAAUAUACACUGCCAUCCUAUUGAUUUCAUUAUUAAUAUUUGCCUCUCAAUAUAAGAAAAGACAAAUCAAGAAGCGUACUGCCUUGCCCUCUAUCUUUGAUGAAGAUGAUGCUCGUGACUUAUACUUGGAAAUUAAGAAGAUUAGUGAAACUGAAAAUGUUCACGAAAAGGUAUUGAAAGCUGCUCUGUUAAAUAGAGGUGCAGAAGCCAUCAGAAGAUCGUUGAAAUUGAAGGAAUUGGAACCACAAAUUGAAUUGAUUUAUAAGAAUGGGUCCGUGGGUGAAGAAUAUUGGCAACGUUUCCAAAAUGAAGUUAAGUUGGUGGAUUUGGAAUUUAAGCAAUGUUUAAUGGAAGCUGAAAGUUUGCAAGCUGGUUGGGUUCAAUUAUUUGUGGGGAAUUGUAGAGAAAUAUGUUUUAAUCAAGCCAUGACUAGACGUUACGAUGCUAUUACCAAACGUAAAGAGGUUUGCAUUAAGGAAUGGGAAUUGAAAGUCAAUGAUGAAGGUAGAUUAAUUCAAUAG